GGGUCUCGACGUCGGCGCCCUCACCCGCCGGCGGCGCGACACAGCAGACCAGGCCCCUUCUUCAGCCGGGCGGAAUCUCCAACGUCCCUACCCGUACAUUGCUGGGAGUGCAGAUCCAUCGUUCGGAAGUCGAUCGGGUUCUUCUUUUGCCGCUCGAUUAGGUUCUUUCUUCAGCGCGCGGCAUCAAUCUCCUUUGGUUUCAAGAAGGAUCAGGAUCAUCGUCCAGCCUUGGAGAUACUUCCCAGCUCCGCUGCGUUUGAUGCAUCAUUUCAGGAUGGACCAGUCCUCUCAGUUUAUUGGUGAUGGAGCCUCCCAUGAAGCAUAAGCCGAGUGCCGUGCCAAUCAACACUUCGCUGGAGAAGCUGGAGUUAGAAGAUAAAAGUGCUGUGUUAGUCAAGCGCAGGAGGAUUGAAUUUUUGGGAUCAAUUGUCCAACCACAACAGGACAUUGAAGUUGACAUGGAGCACAAAGUUGCUGAUGAUCUUCCAGUUGAAAUUUCUACUGGGGACGAUCCCAUGGAUGUGCUCACUGGUUGUGCAAUGCAGAGCUCUGGUGACGCGAAUGGUUGUGGUAAGGGGAACAUCCGCAAUAUCUCUUUUACAGGUAAUGAACCAGCAAGGUUGAGACUGCCAAAAAUAUGCGCUGCAAUUGGCUGGAAAGAACCAUCAUUUGACUUUGAAGAACAAGGACCUCCUCAUAACAAAUUAUUCAUUUGCAAGGUGACUGUCCACCUAGAGGGACUCGUCAACACUGUUAUGGAGUGCUUCAGUGACCCCAAGCCUAAGAAGAAAGCUGCACAAGAUCAUGCUGCUCAAGCGGCACUGUGGUGCCUCGAGCGCUUUGGGCAUGCCAAGUGAUCUUCAGAUGUGUCGCUACAAGCAGCACGUCUGUCUGCACUCCUGCUGCUCUGUCUGACCAACCUUUGUUUCCGUUGCCAUAUGUACAUGUCUCGUUUAACCUAGGGUCAGGUGGUAAUAGUUGUUCGUUCAUUGGUGCUUAGCCGUGCUUGAACUUGUUGCUGGUGGCAAAAUGUCAGCAUCAUCAUCGUCGUCCUCUGUGGAUCCCUCCCCGUGAGGAGUCAUUUUGGCCUGGGCGCGUGGUUAAGAAUUUCAUUCCUGGGUAGUACAUAUCAUGCUGUGACGAUUGUUGUGGCAUAUCGAUUAUCCAAUUGUCCUUGCAGUUGUGGGUA